GCUCUUUUGGGCGUCCUGGGUGAACCAAGAGCUGUGUUGUUUUUCCUAACUGGCUGUCUGGCACAGGAGAAAUGGUAGCUAGCUAGCAUUCUGUGAAAAAUUGUCUAACGUACGACUGUGAUUAUCUGAUCGAAAUAAUGAAUUUACUACCAUCAAACGCACAUGGGAACGGAUUACUGUACGCGGGAUUCAACCAGGAUCACGGAUGCUUUGCUUGCGGAAUGGAGAAUGGGUUUAGAGUGUACAACACAGAUCCACUCAAAGAGAAAGAAAAACAAGGGACACAGCAUUGUGACAGCGAGAGCCAAGAGUUCAUGGAGGGCGGGGUCGGGCAUGUGGAGAUGCUGUUCAGGUGUAACUACCUAGCGCUGGUUGGAGGAGGGAAAAAGCCAAAAUACCCACCUAACAAAGUGAUGAUCUGGGAUGACCUGAAGAAAAAGACGGUUAUAGAAAUUGAGUUCUCCACUGAAGUCAAAGCAGUGAAGCUUCGAAGGGACAGGAUCGUGGUGGUCCUGGACUCUAUGAUCAAAGUGUUCACGUUCACCCACAACCCUCAUCAGCUGCAUGUGUUUGAGACCUGCUAUAACCCCAAAGGUCUGUGUGUGCUCUGUCCCAAUAGUAACAACUCUCUGCUGGCGUUCCCGGGGACCCACUCUGGGCACGUGCAGAUCGUAGACCUUGCCAACACAGAGAAGCCUCCAGUGGACAUCCCCGCCCACGAGGGGGCACUGUGCUGCAUCGCCCUCAACCUGCAGGGAACCAGGAUAGCCACUGCCUCCGAGAAAGGGACCCUGAUCAGAAUAUUUGACACCAUGGCAGGCCACCUGAUUCAGGAGUUGAGGCGAGGGUCACAGGCUGCUAACAUCUACUGCAUCAAUUUCAACCAGGACGCGUCCCUCAUCUGUGUGUCUAGUGACCACGGUACAGUCCACAUAUUCGCUGCAGAGGACCCCAAGAGAAACAAACAGUCCAGUUUAGCCUCGGCCAGUUUCCUUCCUAAGUACUUCAGCUCCAAGUGGAGCUUCUCCAAGUUCCAGGUUCCAUCAAACUCGCCGUGUGUGUGUGCCUUCGGAACAGAACCCAACUCUGUCAUAGCCAUUUGUGCUGAUGGCAGCUACUACAAGUUCCUGUUCAAUCAGAAGGGGGAGUGUUCCCGAGACGUCUACGCACAGUUCCUGGAGAUGACAGACGAGAAGAUCUGACCUUUCACCCUAACACCUCCUGCAAACGGACAGACGUGUACAUGGCGGAUGGCUUUAUUUUCUGGAGCAGGAGGACGAGGGGGGUGGACAGAAGGAGGAGGAGAUGAUGUCUCUGCUCACCCAGUGCUGAUGGACUCUACAUGGAGGAGCGUCAGAGGGAAGGUGAGAGAGACACCAUCUCAGAAACAACAGAGGAAUGAAAGAUGGACUGAGAGAAAUCAGGACUGAGUGCCCUCUGACAACCUACUUAAAGACUCACUGUACAACUACAGAAAGACAGGGGGACGAGAACACUCUAACGGAUGUCACCUGGGCCUCCUUGUCCUGCUAGUCCGAGGACGAAAGAGGGAGACUUUCUUUUUAAAGAUGUCUUCCGUGAAAUGUACGAUGAUCAGGCUGUUAUUUUUUAAAGGUGUAUAGCGUUGAUUCUAAUAGGUAGAUGCAUAGAAAACAAAUCUUGUCAACUAACACCACCUAAUCUAACUAUAGGGAGUGCCUCUGAGCUGAAUCGAGAGUGGAGUGUGUGUACUCACAUAUAUACAGAGUGCAUUCAGAAAGUUUUCAGACCCCUUCACUUUUUCUAUAUUUUGUUACGUUACAGCCUUAUUCUAAAAUGUAUUAAAUAAUUUUUUCCCAUAUUAUAAUCUACACACAAUACCCUAUAAUGACAAAGUGAAAACAGGUUUUUAGAAAUACCUUAUUUACAUAAGUAUUCAGACCCUUUGCUAUGAGACUCAAUCAAGCUCAGGUGCAUGCUGGUUCCAUUGAUCAUCCUUGAGCUGUUUCUACAACUUUAUUGGAGUCCACCUGUGGUAAAUUCAAAUGAUUGGACAUGAUUUGGAAAGGCACACACCUGUUUUAUAUAUUGUCCCACAGUUGAGGGUGCAUGUCAGCAAAAACCAAGCCAUGAGGUCGAUGGAAUUGUUUGUAGAGCUCUGAGACAGGAUUGUGUCGAGGCACAGAUCUGAGGAAGAGUACCAACACAUUUCUGCUGCAUUGAAGGUCCCAAGAACACAGUAGCCUCCAUCAUUCUUAAAUAGAAGAAGUUUGGAACCACCAAGACUCUUCCUAGAGCUGGUCGCCCGGACAGACUGAGCAAUCGGGUGAAAAGGGCCUUGGUCAGGGAGGUGACCAAGAACCUGAUGGUCACUCUGUGGAGAUGGUUGUCUUCUGGAAGGUUUUCCCAUCUCUGCAGCACUCCACCAAUCAGGUCUUUAUGGUAGAGUGGCCAGACGGAAGCCACUCUUCAGAAAAAGGCACAUGACAGCCCGCUUGGAGUUUGCCUAAAGGCACAAGAUUUUCUGGUCUGAUGAAACCAAGAUUGAACUCUUUGGUCUGAAUGGCAAGUGUCACAUCUGGAUAAAACCAGGCACCAUCCCAAUGGUGAAGCAUGGUGGUGGCAGCAUCAUGCUGUGGGGAUGUUUUUUCAGUGGCAGGGACAGGGAGACUAGUUAGGAUCGAAGGAAAGAUGAACGGAGCAAAGUACAGAGAGAUCCUUGAUGAAAACCUGCACCAGACCUCAGACUGGGGAGAAGGUUCACCUUCCAACAGGACAACGACCCUAAGCACACAGCCAAGACAACGCAGAAUUGGCUUCGGGACAAGUCUCUGAAUAUCUUUGAGUGGCCCAGCCAGAGCCCGGACUUGAACCUGAUCGAACAUCUCUGGAGAGACCUGAAAAUAGCUGUGCAGCGACGCUCCCCAUCCAACCUGACAGAGCUUGAGAGGAUCUGCAGAGAAGAAUGGGAGAAACUCCCCAAAUACAGGUGUGCCAAGCUUGUAGCAUCAUAUCCAAGAAGACUUGAGGCUGUAAUCUCUGCCAACAAAGUACUGAGUAAAGGGUCUGAACACUUAUGUAAAUGUGAUAUUUUGUUUUAUUUUUAAUACAUUUGCAAAUUGUGUGUAGAUUGAGGGGGAAUGAUUUAAUCUAUUUUGGAAUAAAGCUGUAAUGUAACAAAAUGUGGAAAAAGUCGAGGGGUCUGAAUACUUUUCAAAUGCACUGUGUGUAUAUAUACAAAUUGCAUGGGUGGGGUUUCACAAGGUAAGGCCAUUGAGUUGGUAAGAAAAGUUUGAAAUAAAUAUUUAUUUCAAUCUUCAUACAGAUGAAGAAUUGAGUCAGUUUAAAAGUUCCUAUUUUUAUAUGAACUUGAUAUUAAAAGGCUUUCAGAGUAUUUCCGGUGGUUAUCUGGGUAACCUCAGUAACCUCAUGGUGAAACACCACCCUGGUAGAGCUAGGUUUAGCUUUUACUCACUGUAUAAACACAAUGAAUACGCCAGACUGAACAUAUGUAACUUACUGCAUAGACUGUACAGAAUAGAAGACAUUUUCUGAUUAACAAGUGUUGUUUCACUCUUCCUGCCAUUUUCAUGUUGCUGUGUGUAUGUAUGUGCAAUAUUCUUUACAGUACGAGUCUCUACAUGAGGAUGAGGUGAAUUAGUUACAACUCCUAAUUAGUACCUAUAAGCCGAACCAAAAACACUGAUUUUGGGCUAGAUUCAAUCCGAUUGCCCCUAUUCGGCUAUGAACCUUUUAAAAGCAAGAUUUCCGUGUUCGCAGAGACUGCAUUCACGGUAAACGCUACAUAUGUCGGCUCAAUCGGAAAUGAAUGUCAAUCACGCUAUAAUGCAGCUCUUCCGUGGUCCGGAUUGAAUCUAGGCCCAAGUACUUUGAUUAGGAUGAAAACUCAAUGUAAAGCUCAAACUCAGAAACUUGAUCAGUCUCCGAUGAGAUUUUGAAUAACGUACAUCUUCUUAACGGAUACUCACAGACAAGCUUAAUUUCGUUCAGGUUUAUCAUACAUCCGUUCAUGAAUUAAUACAACCGUUUUCCCAGAGCCAAGCCUUCCCAAGUCAUUGUGUGAACUGAUUGACUGUUCUGCUAUGGUCACAGCGAAUAGAAAAUACAGUUUCCACCCCCUUUGCUUACAUACAAAUAUAUGCUUUCAAGAUUAAGGGCUCGAUUCAAUCAGAUCCGCUUUAGUCGACAUCUGCAUAGUGGUUGUUUUGGGGGUGGGACUGCGAUAGAGCUGUAAAAUCCACAAGCGUCUCCUGCCAUUAUACUUAAAGCGGGCAUGAACAUUGGCUGCAUGGUUUAAAAGUUCUAACGGUGGAAUGUGAAAUACGCCUUGAUUAGGAUGAUAGAAAUCCUCAUGAUUUAGUUUUCAAUUUGAGCGUGUAUAGCCUACACUUUCCUGUUCUGAACUUCUAACGUGAAUGGAGCGGUGGGGCUUCGUGACAAUGAUCGUAAGAGCAGCUGCUCAAAGUUUUGACGGCUCCGACUCAGCUCCACCGUCAAAACAUCCGCUGUGCGGGUGUCUGCUAUCGCAGGUUGACGCUUGAUCUGAUUGAAUCUAGGUCUAAAUUUCAAUCUGAAUUAAACCAAAAUCCACCUUCUCUUUGUGUGACAAUGUACACCCAUUCUUUUCUGGUGAGGUUUAGUUGGCUGGUGUAGUUUGGCCAUGAAGAGAACUCUUCUGCUUGUUCACCAUGAUCAGCUUAAGCAAAUUUCUAGCAUAAAUUCUAAUCUACAUAUGACUUAAUGUGUGGAUCUACAAGCAGUAUUAACUUUAGAAGCCAUCUUAUGUUUGUCACAGCACCGGCUCAAGCUUAUUGGGACAUGUGCAUGACCUUACAAUGUAUUGUUUAGUGUAUUUGUCAUUUGUUCCGUUAAAUCUUAACUUUGUACCAAUGUACAUUUCCUCUGUGUUCAAUGGGAACCACUCUGAAUGCAUUUCAUGUGUUGCUUUCUGCUCUGAUUGUGCAAGUGGAAUUCACUCACUACAUGAUUGUAAAAUCCUGCAUUUAAAUGUGUGAAUAAAACAUCAGUUAGUGUAGGUGACUUA